AUAAAUAAUACUUUUUAUAGUUUAAAAUUUACGUAUUCGUAUGUACAUGUAGCAUGCACACACGUAUGUAUGUACAUACAACGCCUUCAGGGAUUCAAGUCAUGACAUGACUUAUUAGUAAUGAUAUCCCAGCAAAACUUGCGUGACCGAAACUCCAAUACUUUUACUCAAUUUUUACUUGUCACUAACACUCCCUCACAAAUCUUUGAAAUGAGUAAGAAGUCAAUCUAUUGUGUCUUUUGUUUGUUUUAUAUUAUAAGCUCUUCACUCAACAGAUGUUAAGCAAAAAUAAAACAAAAGAAGACAAACAAAUUUUUUAGCUGUAACCGCUUAUUGAAAACGAUGGAUGUGAAAGCGUACAGCAUGAUACCGUGAAUUUGACGUUUGCUUGUUCGUUGUGACAAAUUGAAUUCGAAGAAACCAAAAAUUCGGUUACAAACGCGUCGAUAUUGAGAAUUGUGCAGAUUUGUGCUUGUGCAUAUUUAUGUAAAAUUAUUUAAAAUAAAUAUUUAAAUCUAUUCUAAUUGUGUUUCGUUAAAUUUGUGAACUAUUUGUGUCUAUAAUAUUUGGAAAAAAGGUGAGUAGAUAUAAUAAUAAUUCAAUAUGAAGAAAAAUACAUUUAGUGCAUAUAUGAGCCAAGAAAAAAAGGCUUUUAACCAAAGUGUAUUUUUCACUGUAAUUAUUGCAUUGUCCCGACGGUAUUUUAUUAUAUUAUGUUAAGUUAUUUAAAAAAAUAAUUUUAUUUCCUAAUGAGAUGGAUUCACCAGCGCUUUUUGAUGAAACCUAUUUGGAGGAAUGCCCAACAACGACUUCGACUCCCGUAAAAGGUACAUGUAAAAUUGUCAUUUCAGUUUUCAAUUUAUUUUUACGCAUUUGCAUUUAGAAUAAUUGACAUUUAAACGGAAGAAAUUCAACAUUUCUGGUUGCUACAAUUCAGAGGCAAGCUUUUCAAAGCAACAAGGAAACAAUUUGCCUGUGGAUGGAAAUGGUAAUCCAAUAUAUUGUUUAAAUGCAUUUCUUAAACAUUUUUACUUUAUUAUGUUUACACCUUUUUCAGAUGUUUUUAACAUGUUAAAAACUAUUUCCACCCAACUACAAGAGUUGAUCAUAUGGAAAGGAAGAUGGACAGCUUUUUGAAAGAAAAUAUAAUUCAAAAAAGCGAAGAAAUGGCCCAACAAAAAACCGUCCGUGAAUGUAAGGUGCUAAUUCGAAAGUUCACCAAUCAGUAUGCCGAGAAAUUGCUUCCACCCUACCAUUAACAACACUGGCUGCAGCUUUGGAAAUGGAAGAAAAACUUAAAUGCGAAGAAUUUGCUACAGCAACGGAACAGUUUGUUUUAAGGAUGAAAGGCAGUUCCGACAGUGUAUGUGAUGUGUUACGGCAUCUGUACACUGACGAAUUCCUGACAUUGUGUAACUGGGACGGUAGGGGAGGCAAGCAACCGCUAUCAAAGUUUCUGUUGUCCAACAUAUUAUAUGAUUCUUUCAUCACUUGUGGACUUGCAAAUUUCGAGCAACAAAUGCGGAAGUCCAUCGAAAUGAGCCACCAUAGAUUUAAGCAAAAAAAAUAUAGAAAGCGAAAAGCUGAAGAAUGAUAACAUUGUAAUAAUU